GCCGCGCUGCAGGCGUUCGUCCGGCAGCCGUCCGACCAGCACGUCCGUCUGGGGCAGACGGUGGUGCUGCCCUGCCAGGUGACGAACGCGGUGGGUAAGGUGCAGUGGACCCGGGACGAGUUCGGCCUGGGCACCAUCCGAGACCUGCCCAGCUACCCGCGCUACCAGAUGAUCGGCGACGACACCGAGGGCAUCUACUCGCUGGAGAUUCAGCGCGUGGCGCUGGAGGACGACGCCGUGUUCCAGUGCCAGGUCGGCGCCGCCGCUGGGUCACCCGGCAUCAGGUCCCGCGACGCGCGCCUGACGGUGCUGGUGCCGCCGGAGCCGCCGCGGAUCGUGCAGGGGGACCAGCUGUCCACCACAGCCGGAGCGGUGGUCCGGCUGCAGUGCGAGAGCCGCGGUGGCAAGCCGCCGGCCGAGAUCGAGUGGUACAGCGGGGACCGGGAGCUGAUGGAGAGCUCCAGCCGCACCGAGGUGUCAGUGCUGCCGGACGGCAAGCGCAGCUUGGUCAGCUCCACGCUGACGCUGACGGCGGCGGCGCGCCACCACGACACUACCGUCACCUGCCGCGCGCACAACUCGGCGCUCAGCGCGCCACAGACGGCCGCGCUCCGGCUGCGAGUGCGGUUCGCGCCGCAGGUCACGCUGCGCGCCGGCGCGCCGCGCGUGGUCGAGCGCCAGGACCUGACGUUCACGUGCUCCGCCACCGCCAACCCCGAGCAGGUGAAGUACCAGUGGUUCGUGAACGAGGAGGAGCAGGCGGGCCACAACGGAGCCCAGCUCGUGCUUCGGAGCGUGGGCCGCGCCCUCAACAACGCCACAGUCCGCUGCCGGGCCGAAAAUGAAGUGGGUCCCGGUAGCGACGUCCAGCGCGUCAGCGUUCUCUACGCGCCUCGGUUCCGCCAGGAGCCGCAGGACGUGGCGGCCGACGCCGGCCACGAGGUCAGCCUGCGCUGUGAUGUGGACGCCAACCCGCGGCCGCGGGUCACCUGGGUCAAGCGCGACUGCCAGUCCUGCCAGCGGAGAGUGGGCGUCGGGCCGCGGCUGCGGCUGCGCGCUACGCGCGAGACGGUCGGCCGGUACGAGUGCCACGCCUCGGCCGAGGGCUUCCCGGCCGUGUCGCGACAGCUGACGCUGUUCGUGCGGGCGCGGCCGGAGGUGACGGCCAGGGCCCGCCAGCAGGGCGUGGCCGGCGAGACCGUGCACGUCGAGUGUGUGGUGGCGAGCGUGCCGCCGCCGCACACCACCACCUGGUACUUCCAGCACGAGCAGCUUUCGCCAGAACUAUCCGGCUAUAAAGUGAUAGAGGAGCCCGUGGUUGGCGGUGUGCGCAGCCUUCUGGUGAUCCCACGGGCGCUCGACAAGGACUUCGGUCUCUACAACUGCUCCUUCGAGAACGCGUACGGCAGCGAUUCGGCGGCCAUCAUCCUGCAAAAACAAAGAGCGCUGCCGCUGCUGGUCAUCCUGAUCUUCGUCAUCGGCGGCAUCGUGGUGAUCGCGGCCAUCACGCUGGUCAUCAUCCUGUGCCAGCGGCGGUACCGGCGCGCCUCGGACAAGCCGAGCGAGCAGGCGCGGCGCGACAAGCUGAGGCACCAGACGGACGGCAGCUCGUCCGACUCCGACCUCAAGGAGGAGAUGGGCGUGAUCAUCACCGACCGGUGGCAGGCCGGCCAUGACGUCAUCACUGACCGGUGGCAGGGCGACGGUGAAGCCGCCGCCGGCCGAGGCGGGGAAGACGCUGCCGGACUGCUGGACGGCCCGCACUUCGCCAAGGAGACGGCGACCUUCGGCGACCUGGCCGGCUACCCGUGCUACGACCAGCACGGCUACGCGCAGCCGCCGAGCCGGGCGGCGCGCGGCCUCUACACGGGCUCUCAGUGA